AUGGAACAUCAAUUUUUUCAAAGGAUCCCUAGUUUACAGAUUAUCAUAUGUCGUUGCUGCAAAUAUGGUGUGCACCCCAAGGAGGUAGCCGCGCAUCUGCGGGUUAAGCAUUCCAUCAAGCCCCAGGAGUGUACGCAGGUGGCCGAGGCAAUCCAGCAGUGGGAUAAUGUGAUGCAGGAACCCCACGCUGUCCAGAUCCCCCGGAUGCUGCAGAAUCCAUUACCCGGGAUUGAACUGUACAUGAACGGCAUGCAGUGCCAGCAGGACCCCGAACAUUGCCAGUACAUCACCACCCAUAUCAAAAGUAUGCGGAAACACUGGCAGCAGGUCCAUGGAUGGACCCAGCAUCGCCAUAGCGGGUUUGUCAGUCGCCAGGAGCGGGAACAGGGCAUGGCUUAG